AGAGGGAGUGUGGGAGCCAGCAGAGCUGCAUUCUCCACUGGGGGAGGGGGGUUGCCCGCAGCUGCUCCACCCUCACUUUGUGUCAGCAGGUAGAGCAGAGCGGCAGUCCCCGGGGAAGGACGGCUCCGUGUCCUGGGAAGAGUCGGGGCGACAGGGUGGGAGGCAUCGCUUUCUAAAGGAUGUCGCUGAAUACGUGCAGAGCUGGAAGCGAGCCGCCCUGGUGUUAGGACCGCGGAGCAGCCACAUUAGCAAACAAAUGAAUGGGCAAGGGGAGAAGGUGCACUGAAUCUCCGAGACUGGGAAAGGAAUAAACUAAAUAGUGUGUGUGAGGGGGAGCACUCCAUUCCCUGAGGCCGGAGAGGCCCUGCUGUCAUGGAAGGGGGUUCGCGUUCUCCCCUCCCCUGGGGGUGAGCAGUGCCCGUCCCGCCGGAGCGCAGCAAGCCAUGGCUUUCCGGGACUAACAAGCCGCACUAUGGGUGCCCGCUGCUGGCUGCAGUAUGAAUAGAGCCCGGCUGCAGCUGGCAUCCCUCUGGCUGCUGCUCACGGUGACUCUCCAGGCGGUGGCUUCUGCCAUGGGCACCACGGAACGGGAGAUGGAUGUGAAGGCGCUGAUCAGGGUGACCCCGCUGCAGGCGGAGGAGAGCGGGGGAGUGGGACAAGGGAACCUGACUCUGGAAGGGCUGUUUGCCAGGGUGGCAGAGAUUAGCCCGGCGGAAGGAAGACUGCUUCAGUUUCACCCCCUGUCUCUGUGCAACACCAGUGAAGAUGACCAGACCAAGCCUGGCUUCAUUUCCAUUGUCAAACUGGAAACUCCUGAUCGUGAUACCCAGCCAUGCCUGUCCCUGGCCAACAAGGCCCGGCUGGCGGGGGAGAGAGGAGCUCAUGCUGUACUCUUUGAUAUUACCAACGACAGGGGUGCCCUACAGCAGUUGCAGCAGCCAGCUGGCAUUAACCAGCCUGUGGUACUGAUCUGGGGCCCUGAUGCUGAGAAGCUGAUGGAUGUUGUGAACAAAAACAAAGAGGCUCUGGUGAAGAUCGAGGUGCAGGAGCAGCCCAAGUGGCUUCAUCAUGACAUCUGGAUCCUGCUCACUGUGGCUGGCACGGUCAUGUUCUUUGUCUUGUAUGCAGUUGCCCGGUUACUCUGCAGGCAGCCCCCUCCACAGGACUCUAUACAACAGCAGACCCUUCUGGCCAUUAGCCGUCUGGGUACUAGAAGAUACCAGCAACGGAUGUUAAAAGACCAGCGUGCAAGUGGGGGUUGGGUAGAAACAGCCAGCACUAGCAGUUCUGUGCCAGUUUGUGCCAUCUGCCUGGAAGAGUUCACAGAUGGGCAGGAGUUGCGCAUUUUGCCCUGCUGCCAUGAGUACCAUUUGGGUUGUGUUGAUCCAUGGCUGAGACAGAAUCACACCUGCCCCCUCUGCAUGUAUGAUAUACUAGACAGUGGGACCCCACCCCGACCUCUGGCUCACAGAGCACCUUCACAGACGCAGCUAUGGGGCCGAUACCCAGGUUCUGCUCGUCUCAUGUCUCACCUGCCGCCCCAUGGAACACCGAUGGUCUUCCCUACCCCAAACAACAGUCUAUUCCUGCCAAGAGCUCCAUAUUAUCUGGACCAUACACAUCACUGGCAAAUGCCAGAGCAAAUGGCUAUGCAAAUGCGCACUCAUCGGCGAGGAGCAGAAGGUACACGAGAGUUGGGCAUCUCUCCAGGCUGCCAAGACUCCAGUGGCUACUUGCCUGAUGACCCAGGCAGUGAUAGUAGUUCAGGACCAUGCCAUGGCUCUUCCAGUGAGAACUGCACAGAUAUAAGCCUGCACUGUUUGCAUGGUACCUCUUCUUCCUCUGUACACAGCUCUCAGAGCAACCAGGAAGAUUCUUCCCCACCAGCACUUGCCUCUUAUCUGCUACCUCAGGGUGAACUCCCAGCACUGAACCCCCUUCUGUCUACACAGGCUUCUUAUGCUAGCCAUGUUCAUUUUCAUCAGCACCGUCAUCACCACUAUAGGCGAAACCAGCCUAGUAUGUCUCACUCUCAUCCCCACAGGUCCAAAAGGAGGACCAAGGUUUCUAGGGCAGAUCCCAGUUAUUACAGGGAGCACAGACAUACAACUGGAGCUAAUGGCGAGUUAAGAUCACUUAUGGUUCGCAGAGAGCCCAGACCUUCAUGUUCAAGAACUUGUUUUGACCCCAGGACUAAUAGGGAGCACCCAAGGCACCAACAGUCCAUGCCACAGGCUGCUUCAGUAGUGCAGGGCUCAAGUGAACCUGAUGUAGCCACCUCCCUUAGGGGCUCAAGAACCGACCCACCAAGUAGGACUUAUAGAAAGAAAAAAUCCUCUGCCCCUUCGCACCUCCCAUUGUUGUACAGUCCCCGACACUGCCACCCAGCUAACAGUGUUCAGAUGUCUGAAAGCAGCCACCCGAGAUGGGCAGAAGAGGUUCGACUUCUACAUUCCAGGGUGAACUCGCAUCGAGAAAAUACAGCAAUGAUGCACCUAUAUCAUCCACCUCAUCACAACCAAGGUGCCACGGAGGAGAUAGAAGCUGUGUGUGAGCAUGCAGUGUAACUGCAGGACAUACGAGCAUGUGUGGCAGGACCUAACAGUACUGGAUGCAGUAACAUGGGCCACAAAGCUCUCAAUGUUUUGUCUCCUUCCCCAACUUUCCAGGUCCCGCCAUGACCUCCCAGACUACAUUAGGCUUGGUUCCUGUCCCAGCAGACUUAUGCACCUGCUAAAAGGUCCCCAAACACAUAAUCGGAGCUUUGGCAUGGAGCCUACCUGUAAUGGGACCUCACACUUCAGAGAACUUUUCCUUGCCCCCCAAGAGUGGUGGUAGAAUCUCUGUGGAGCAUCUUAAGAGCAUUGCUGCCCAUGAUCUGCAAGCAGUUCUUCCUAUGCCAGCAGGAUAAUCAAGGCCUUCGUCUGAGAAAUAUCCUCUCUGAAUCCAUUCCACAUCCUCCCACGAAUGCCUUUGCUUGGAGAAUCAUUCCCGAUAGACCCCACCAUGGGCAUCACCUCAAUGAUGUUUUAUACAAGGGAGUCGCCGAGUUGGUUAUUCACUUCUUACAGUUUGAGUUUAUUUUGUUAAGCUAAAUUGCCAGCCUGGUGAUUCUUGCUCUUCACAAUUCCACACUACACUGGUACAUUGUUGUUUUCCUACCUGUAAUUUGCACUUCUUAAUCAUUCACUUUUGUAUACCGUCCUAUUAGGAAAGUCACACUGUGACUAUGAUCUUAACUCGUAUUGCUGCCUCUGUCCAGAAAGCUCUGGUAUGUGUAGUAUAAGGAACAGAGAAAGGCUUGUGGAACUUUAAAGGGCCAGUAACACCAAAAAUACCAUUGCUAUUGCUAUAGGUUGAGAGGUUCUAAUACACUUCAUGGCCAAAAGUAUCCAGACACUCAGUCUAAAAUGGCAUAUCCUCAGUUGGACACUUACUGCUGAGUUGUCUCUGAAAGCAGUCAGUGCAAGAACUAGCGGGAAGUUAGAUAUUAUUUUCUGGCAGUAGUUUGGGUUCUUUCCUGUUUCAGCACGAUAAUGCCCCAUGCACAAAGCAAGGUCUAUACAGAAUGGACUUGCUUAGAUGGGAGUGGAAGAACUUAACUGACCUGCCCAGAGUCCUGGCCCAACCAGACAUCAGUGGGAUGAAAUGCAAGCCAACUGUGAGCCAGGCUGUUAUAUUUUCCUUUUAAUACUCUUGGUUUGGGGGGGGAUUUUGGACAGGCAGGUGCCAGGAUGGUGAUAUAGUGUAUGUUUUAUAAACAAAAAAGUAAGCUAAGUGGUUGCUGAAGUAUAAAGGAUCUUGUGGGGGAAAACAAUUGCUUCAGUGCUAUUUAUUAUGGUUUAUUCAUAUAGUGCUUUACCGAGACUGUACCUCAUCCCUGCUCCACUUUAAGUUCCCUUCAUAAUCACCAUGUGUAUACUGAGCACAUAAAAAUAUAUCAUUCAGAAGUGAGUUACAUAUAAAUGCCAUAAUAAAUAGGAGGAGUAGCAAGAGCAUAUUAUAAAAGGUGGCAGCUACUAUUUCCACAGGGUAACGAAGAAUAUAAAGGGAAAGCACACUCUAAAAAUAUAUAUAUUUUUUAAUACAAACAAAAAUACAUAAAAACAUUGCAAACAAAUGCAAUAAAACCUCCACUGACAAUAGAUGAUAAUAGAAGUUUUAUUACAUUUGAUUUUAAUGUUUUAAUGCCACUUUAUUUCAGUGCAUAAUAUAUUAUCAGUGGUGUUAUUUCCCUCUAUAUUUGUAGUUACUUAUCACUUGGGCUCUUACACACAGCAUUUUGUCAGUUCCAAACACAACCCUUUAUUCUAUCAUCUAUAUGACACAUGUCAAGCACAAGAAAAUGCAGCAAAACUCAAAUGCCAUAAAACACAACUCUGAAUGCUCAUGAAUACAACUAGGAAUAACAUAAUGGAACCAAUUAGAUGAUGUGUUUAGGCGCACCCAAACCUGUGUUUCAAAUGCAUAAAAAAAAUGCCUGUAAGCCCCUAGGGACACUGGCUCAGAAUGCAAACCACUUACAGACCAUUCUCUGAUUGGAUCUGAACUCAGCACCUCAGGGUUAAGAUUUGGAUAUUCAUGUACCAUAGGUAUCCAAAACCUGAAUAUCCAAAUAUUUGGUCACUGCAACUUGUUUCUAGAAAGAAACAAAGAUUUAUGUGAUAAAUCUGUUAGGUUAGCAUUAACCUUUAGGCCAUUGUCACACACUAAAUUUGUAUCCCAAACAAUGCAUUCCCAGCAAUAACAUUAAUCAUUUGACUUUUUAAUAACACAGCAGAUUUGUGGGUGUUACUGGCUCUUUAACGUUGGACCCCAAAGGUUAUUCCAAUGACAAGAUGUUCUGCCUGUACCGGACUAAAGUCAGUACCGUGCCACACUGUCCUGUAAAGGGAUGACUGUUUACAACAGGAAAGUCACAGCAUUUAGUGGCUGCUGGGAGUUGGGGGUCCUGCGCAGCCCAUUGGGAACCCCUGUUUUACUGAUCAGCCUUGUACAGGCCUGAUAUGCCUGAAUCUAAUGUUUAAGCUCAAAAGAACCUAUAUUCCAGUUGCCUUUAUUUAGGUGCUAUGCCUACAAAACUGUGAAGCCUUUACAGUGUUUGCCAGCCUGUGUUUCCAAAGCUGUUGGUGGACUACUUUUCCCGGCAUUCUCCACCUCCACCAGAGAAGUUGGGUGUUGUAGUCCAGCAACAGCUGGAGAGACAAAGGCCGUGAAUUGCUAUUUUUUUUUUAUACAAAUAACCUUUCCUGUGCCUCACAUACCAACAUUAGAUUUUAAGCUAUUGUGCCUCUGUUCUUCCUUGUACAAAUUUGUAAAAAAAAUAUAUAUUUUUGUAUAUUUGUAAAGGUAUUAUAUUUAUGCAUAACAACGUUCUGUGAAGAACCAAUGAAGUCAGUUUUCCUAUGGAA